CGGGUGCCUGGAUAGAGUUCGUCGCAGUCUUGUGAUGAAUAAGACCCAACCUUAUGUCUCUUUUGCAUUUCAUCUUCUCGGUGUUUGUCUUCUUUCCCAGUCUUCCUUCUUUCUUCCUCUCCUCCUCCUUCUUUCCUCUCCUCCUCCGCUCUCCUCGACACAUUCACGCCACCAACGCCGUCGCCGUACUCCUCCCCAUUCCCAUCCCUAUAAACGCGCUCAUCCCCUCCUCCUCCUCUUCUCUCUCUCAUUCAAUCGCUGCUGAUUACACUAGAAAGUAUGUCCCCCUCGUUGCCUCCUCCUCCUCGCAAGCUGUCUUCCGGAAACUCGGCCCAUUCCUCCUCGUCCAGAUACCCAAAAGUCAACCCAAAUUCACUCGCCGCCUCAGAUCCCUUGUUCGACCGCAACGACGACGACGACGAGGCGCUCGACCUGGCUCUCGCGGAAUUGCUCGGCCAAUCCCACAUCUCGCCACUUCAACGCCAUCAACAUCUCCCCCAAUGCAAACACUAUGGCCCAGCUGCUCUUUCAUCAGCAGGAGCUCGGCCACUAAGCAUCGCCAGUGUCUCCAGUCUCGGCUCAGGAUCCUAUUCGAGCUUUGGUAGCACCCACAGCCGCAGGGUCUCCCAAGCUUAUCUCUCGCCCUUGUCCCCGACUCUCAGCGAACCCUCCAACCCCUCGGGUUCAUACUUCAGCACAUUGACGGAGGAUGAUGAUGAAUGUCCUCAGGACCCAACACUGUCUUCCUCAGCAGCAAUAGGCACUUCAGAAUACGACAUGUCUCUGGCAGCAUCCUCAUUGCCGUCAUGCACCUACUGCUCUAGUGUGAGAAGCAACAGCGUCUGUAGCUCAGGUACACAGGACGACAAGUCCACAAGCGUCUCCUCCAGUCUUCUCGGCGGAGCAGGUCUUGGAUUGAGUUCUCCCUCACGCUAUCACCACCAGGCGCAUCGCGACAGUGUUCACCAGCUCUUCGACAACAAUCGAUUGGCGGUCCUGAAGGAAUAUGUGCCCUCGGAGGUGCGACUCCGAUUGAGCUAUCAUCUGGACGAGUGCUGGUUCUUGCACUUUUCACCUUCGGGACAGUACAUGGCCUCCACAGGUCUUGAUCAUUCAAUUAUCCUUUGGCAAGAUUUAGCGACGCCAGAACCAACCGCAUACAAGACCAUCCAGUUCCCACGCACCAUCACUCAUGUAGAAUGGUCGCCCGAUAGCAAAUAUGUACUCGUGAACCUGGGGUUCGAUGCAUUUAGACCUCAACAGGCCACGGAAUUCCAUUUGAUUGAUGUAGCGGCUGGCGAGGUUAUUCUUAAGCGGAAACACAGAGAUGGACCACGAGAUAUCCCUGUCAACGCCAUCGGUUGGAUGACAGACUCGAAGCGAUUCAUAACAGCGCCUAGAGAUGGUUUGGUCUACAUUUGGAACUUGGAAGGCGAGGUCGUUCAGGAGUUGGAUAUGGAUAAAACUGUCGAUAUCAUGUACAUGGUCCCAGGAGAGAAUAAGGCCGUCAUCACCAGCGACAACAAGGUCGAAGUCAUUUCUUUUGAGGGGGAAGAGUCCAAAUAUGUGGCCAUGGUGGAGGAGAGACCAACUGUCAUGAGCGUCUCGCCCGACGGCUCAUACCUCUCCAUUUCUAUCAAGAGCGAUGUGGAUUUAUGCCGACCAGCUCAGAUUCUCAUAUACGAUUUCCGAACGCUGACCUUCCUGAGGGCUUUGGAGGCAGAUUCAUACGUGAAUGAGCGGUUUAUUAUCAUGCCAGCGUUCCUGGGACCGAACAAGGAGAUCCUCUGUGCAGGAUCCGAGAACGGCAAGCUGCAUUUCUGGGAUGUCGAGACGGGCGAGGCCAUUGCGAUGUUGGAGGAGCACUCUAAGCAUUGUGGAUGGUCGGCUAUGCAUCCGACGAUGCCUGGUUUAAUGGCCUCCUGCAGUGAUGAUAAUCAGAUUAUCAUUUGGACCACAAAAGACUUGAGCAGAGCGCUUCAGGACGAGGACGAGAAGUGGAUGGAGAGCAGGCGUGAGGAGCUUCCGCACAUCGAUAUCAAGAAGGGGUGGUAAAACUCUGCACCAACAACAAAAGACGAUAGACCAUGUAUCACAGAAAGGAAGACCACUCGCGCGCUUUCAUUUAUUUUGUUUAUUUUGUUGGGUCCCCUCGAUUUUUUUGGAGGUCAUGCAAAACGUGUACACCAAGAAAAAGAAGACAAAGGGACAUCGCAAAGGAAACGCGACAUAUGUAUCUUUUUAAUGCAAAAAGGAAAAGAAACUUGUACAUAAAGAAAAAAAAAAAAAACUUGUAACAUCAAAAUAAAGA